AUGGCGCCUCGGCGCACGUGUCUUGCGGCAGUGCACCUUGUUCGCGCCCUCCUCUCCCCAACUCCGCGCCCGCUGCUGCGCCCGCAGGAGCCCGCCGCGGCGCCAACCUACCGCUCAGCCGGCGUCGCGUCCGCGACGAGCUCGUUCGGCGCGCUCGCCCUCGACACGGCUCCGCCGCAAACCGUGCCGCCGAGCCGCACGCCGGUGGCUGUCCCGAGCGGACCGCCGCCGAUGACGGAGGAAGAGCGCGCCGCGUACCUCCGCCUCUUUGGGGGGGCGGCCCGCGGAACGCGAACGCUGAGCCGCCGCGCCGCAGGGCCGGUCUUUGCUAAGGCAAAAAUGGCGGAGGGAGAAGUCGACGCAAUCUGGGUAUACGCUGCGGCCGCCACACAUAGCGCCUUAUCACCAAAUCACGCGCUCCCGCCGGCGGCCGGUCCGCCCAAGAUGCAGGGUCACGGCGACAUCAUGUCGAUGUACGCGCAGAACGCUCCGCCGCCGCCCCCAGCCCACGCGUUGCUCGGCGUCCCCGGAGGAGGAGUGUCGGGCGGCUACGGCGGCGGCGGCUACGGCGGCGGCGGCUACGGCGGCGGCGGCUACGGCGGCGGCGGCUACGGCGGCGGCGGCCAGGGCGGCGGCUACGGCGGUGGCUACGGCGGCGGUCACGGCGCGCCAACGGUGGGCGGCUUCGCCCAGCCAAGCGGCGGGGCGCCCUCCCUGCAGCCCGAACCGGCGCCCGUCCUGCAGCCCGAGCCGGCGCCGGCGUCAAAGCAGGACAUCCUGGCGCUGUUUGGCUAAAGAGAGAGGGGGGGGCUUUCCCCGGCGCGCUUUUUCGCGGAGGGGCGCUGGUUCGCUCUGCGGCGCGCCGGCGUGAAGGGAGCCAGGAGGGAGCUGGGAGGGCGGGCUGGCGGCGCUGCUGUGUGCGCUAGGUGCCUCGCUGUCCUCUCUCAGUGUCUAUCUUCGAGUCUGCGAGGGCGUGGUGGCCGGCGUGUGGGUGGGCGCGGAGGCUCCGGUGUGUGUGUGUGUGUGUGUGUGUG